AUGUUAAGUUCUUUAAUCUUCAAAAGAUUUAUAUCGAAUAAGAAGAAAUCUGUUUCAGUAAUAGGUUCUGGACCUUCUGGUUUUUAUACAGUUUGCCGGCUACUUUCAAAAUCACCAGUACCACUUGCGGUAACGCUAUGGGAAAAGUUGCCAAUUCCUUUUGGCCUCAGUAGAUAUGGAGUUGCACCUGAUCACCCUGAGGUGAAGAAUUGCGAAGAUACAUUUACUGAGUGCGCUGGAAAGUACUUAUUGGGGCAAGGUCAAAAGCAUACGUUUCAAUUCAGGGGAAAUGUAACGAUUGGACAAGAUGUAAAAUUAAAACAAUUGCUGGAUACUCAAGAUGCCGUCGUUCUGUGCUACGGUUGUUCUGGUGAUCACAAGCUGGGAAUUCCUGGCGAGGAUACUACUAAAGGUGUAUUCACAAGCAGAGAGUUUGUCAACUGGUACAAUGGGCAUCCUGAUUUUGCACGAUCUAAGCGGUUUGAAAACUUUGAUUGGAAGCAUGUCAAAAAUGUUGGGAUCAUUGGUAAUGGUAAUGUGGCCUUGGAUAUCGCUCGAGUUCUGCUCAGCAAUAGAAGAGAAGAAAUUUGGGCAGGGACAGACAUAAAUCCGCUUGCAUUAGAUCUUUUAAGAUCAGCUCCCGUUGAGAACGUGAAACUCAUCGCUCGUCGUGAUUUCAUUCACAGCAAGUUCACUAACAAAGAAUUCAGGGAACUUUGGGAGCUGGAGAAGUAUGGAAUUAAAGGAAUCAUCCAGCCCGAGUUUUACCAACCUUCCCAAUUCGACAUGAAAAGCGCUGAUAGAGUCUUUAAAAGACGUGUAGAGAUGGUAUCGGAGUAUUUGAAACCUUACGACCUAAGAAAGAAAAAUUAUAAGAAAUUCACACCUCCAGCGGAUGGGUUUUCGAGAUUUUGGGAGCUAGAUUACCUAAAGAGUCCUUUGAGCAUUAGUAGCGAUAAUGAGGGGUAUAUCAAGUCCUUGACACUUUCUAGAAAUGAGCUGACGUCUGACAACAGAGUGAUACAGCUCGAUUCAAGGAUAACUUAUGAUAUCGAUUUGCUUGUGACGUCGCUAGGAUAUGGGAGCAAACCUCUGGCAGAGUUUGGAGAGUUAAACAUUGGUUUUUCGAAAAAUCAUGCUGCGAACAAGAAUGGGUACGUGUUAGACAAGAAUGGUGCUGUGUUUCCAGAUCUCUACGCUUGUGGCUGGAUCAGAAAAGGAAGCAGUGGUGUAAUUGCCUCCACUAUGAUGGAUGCAUUUGAGGUAGCAGACAAUAUCAUAAAAGAACUAGAAAGCCAGAAGAUCACAAAAUCUGGAAAAAUUGACCUGUCAGACGUCAAAUACACUACUUGGGAAGAUUGGGAAAAGAUCGACGAAGAAGAAAAAAUUCGCGGCAGGAACCUCAACAAACCUCGAUUGAAAUUUCUUUCGAGAAGUGAUAUGCUCACUUUCUUGGAUAAAUAA